AUGCCCGUCUUUGACAAUCUUGAAGUCGCUCCUCGAAUUCUUUAUUUAUUUCUUAUCAGUGUCAUUGGAAGCGUAUGCGCACAUUUAAUCAUAACACGAACAUUGUGGUAUUACGACGGAAGAAACGAAAUCGUCAAAAGCUUUUGUACUCGUCGGAGUAGAUUUGCUUACAACCUGGCCAGAUUUUUCCAAAUUUUCAAAACUGACAAUUAUGAAAUCCCAAAGCUUAUUCGUUUGAAGGCAGAUCCAGUUAAAAAUCAAGAUAUCAAAGAUUAUAAGAUGAAAAAGAAACACUACAAUGCUGCGUGGCAAUUCUACGGCAAGAUGAUCGCGAAUUUGUGGGGAGUUAUUUUGACUGUUGGCAUUUUGACAUCCACGAUUUGGAUUUUGAUCGAUAUUCGGCUGGAGAGUGACCGUGUCACCGAGGAGAUAAUGAAUGAAUGA